UGCGCCGAUAAACAGGAGGCUUUGCGUAACUCCGGCGGCGACGGCGCGGGCCAGAUCUCGCUGGAGUUCUACCAGAAGAAGAAGUCGCGCUGGCCCUUCUCGGACGAGUGCAUCCCCUGGGAGGUGUGGAGCGUCAAGGUCAACGUGGUCAGCCUGGCCAGCGAGCAGGAGCGGCAGAUCUGCCGCGAGAAGGUGGGGGAGAAGCUGGGCGAGAAGGUCGUCAACAUCGUGGAGGUGAUCAACCGGCACGAGUACCUGCCCAAGAUGCCCACGCAGUCCGAGGUGGACAACGUGUUCGACACCAGCCUGAGGGACGUGCAGCCCUACCUGUACAAGAUCACCUACCAGAUCACCGACACGCUGGGGGCGUCGGUCAGCACCACCAUGAGGCGGCUCAUUAAGGACACGCUGGCGCUGUGACCGGCGCUGGGGCGCGGGGGGAGGCGGCAGCUCGCGGAAGAUAACCCCCCCCCUGUUUACACACUCCUGCUCCGAAAACUGGCAAAGAGUGACGCCAACACAAGCUGUCUCCCUGAAUGCCAUGCCUGUUCUUUUUCCCAUUGGACUGGACGCUUUGUUUGGUGGUGGCGCAAAUCUCCUUUUCCUGCUGCAGUGUCUUAAGCAACCUGCCGGUCAAGAUCGAACCUUGUGCGUGCGUGCGUGCGUGCGUGCGUGCGUGCGUGCGUGCGUGCGUGUGUGUGUGUGUGUGAGGUGAUAACACCUGUUUCUGCAGGUCGGCCGUGAUGUUUGUGUGUAGUAGAGGAAAAAUAAAAUAUCGGCCCAUCUCCAGGGAAGCGGGAUCUUCAGAAUCCCAGUUGGAUGGGGAAAAAAGAACUGCGGUUUGAUGACCAGCAAUUGUAUGACCUAUAUAGAGUGUAGCAGAGGUGCUGUAAUCGACCUCGGGCGUUUCCUAGAUGUUAGGUGUUGUGUUAUAUUUAAGGUUUAUUACAUUUGAUUAUAUAAACAACGGUGGACUCCAUGUUUAGCACAGUAAUUAGCUCAGAAUGUUUCCGGUUGGACUUGCUACAGGUUUCGGUUUCAGUCUGAAGUCAGCAGAGAUUUAUAAGGUCGUGGUUAUGUGAAUGUUAUCAGGUAGUCCCUUAAACUUUGAGACCUAUCUGUUGUUGGGCUUGUGGUUUUUAUCACCAGACCUUUAAUGGUCCUGUAAUGGAACAAUAAAAUUCCUGUAACAGUAA